CCGCAGUGUCCCCUCCUCCUCCUCCUGCCACCACCCGCCUCAGACUUCCUCCUUCACUUGCUUGGACGCCACACCACAUCUACUGACCCCUGGACUGUCCGGCAGUGUCUCGAUAUCAUGGGGGGCCUGGAACUCUUCUGGCAGCUUCCGUUUCUUCCUCUCCUUCUGGCUGUGGCUGGUCUCAGUCCUGUUCAGGCUCAGAGUGAAUGCACCUGCUCCCCCGUGAGCCCCGGGGUACUGGCGGGGAUUGUGCUGGGGGACCUGGUGCUGACCCUGCUCAUCGCCCUGGCUGUGUACUCUCUGGGCCAACUGGUCCCUCGGGGCCGCAAGACCGCCCAAGUGACCCGGAAGCAGCCCAUUACUGAGACUGAGUCACCGUAUCAGGAACUCCAAGGUAUGAGAUCAGAUGUCUACAGCGACCUCAAAACACAGCGGCAGCCAUAUUACAAAUGAGUACAGGUCACAUCUGUCAACACCUGAUGCCUGGAUCUGGCCAUUUCUGAUGCCCAAGAAGCAGAUUAUCUCAACUCCAACUGGGAUGCAGAGCCACACAGUGCCCUCCCCCAGCCAGUACUGUGCCUAAAUAAACUAUGGAGAAGGAAAACAAAA